AUGUCAGCAAGUGAACAAGACACAUCGGCAUCUGAUUCAAGUCAUGAAUCAUCAGAUAGAGAGGAUAUUGGGGAAAUAUUACCGAUAGUCGAUCCAUAUGAUGGGGAGCCAUUAGCUUCCUCCUCAGAUGAUGAUGCUAGUGACGAAAAUAUUGAAGCAGACGAAGAUGGAAUCCUCUACACAACGUUAAAGAAAAGAUUCCGGCGAACCGAAGCUGUUGAUUCCUGGUGUAGCUGUAAUGAGUGCAAAGUGGAUCUUUUAAUUGGUGCAAGAGAGUUUGCUGCUGCUGGGACAUUGCAGAGGCAGUCGGAAAACUGACUUUUGAUGGCACCAUAGAUGAAAUAAAAUGUGUCACGAACUACCCUGCUUACAGUGCUCUCACAAACCAGACAAAUUUAAUGAUGGUUGCACCACUUUUGAAAGAUAAAAUUGGUAGACCAUACAGAAGAAGAGGAAAUCAAACUGAAAACGAGUAUAUUGACAUUUCAAUAUUUUCCUUGCUGUUGGAAAAGAUAACAAUUUUUUCUGGCAGAAAAAUAAGAGUAAAAUUCAAGUUUUAGUUGAUUUUUAAGGUAUACUUUCCUAAAAAUUGAGCCCUAGAUUAACUCCCUUUUAGUUAGAAAAAUGAGAUCGUUCUCAGCAUAUUUAUGAAAGAUUCAAAAGUAAAACUUUUUUAAGUCAUACCUUGCCAAGUUUUCUCAAAAACAGCUUCAAAAUAGACCACUCCACUUAGGCAAGGGAAUGUACACCAGACACAUUUUGUUGCCGGAACCCAAUUGUGUUAACCCCACCCCUCACUUACCAAUAGAGAAUUCCCAGUGGGAAAUUGUCAGGAAAUAUUUUAAAAAGACAACCUUCAGCAAAUUUUGACAACUAAACAAAUUAAAUCCAUGAAUCCAAAUAAAUUCCAAGAUAACAUGGAUGCUUUAAUGAGACAUAUUAGACUCUAACAAUGACACAGAAUUGACAAAGACUUUCCAUAUAAGUAUUUACAAAUAUACUAAAAUCAUUGUUGCACUGAAUGUUUCUUAUAUAGGUUUCAUGAAGCAAAAUAGUAAGAACUAAAAGCCACUCAAUCAUUCCUUUGUACAGGUUUAUAAGAGCAGUGAGUUACAGGUGGCUCAUACUGUGGAUCUUUGGUUAUUUAGGGUGGAACAAAACACGACCACUGCCUGCUUGUAUAUAUAACAACAUAAGAAGUAGAUUUCCAAAUCCAGCUUCCAAAGGAUAUGCUACAACUGAAGAAAGAGAAUGAAACACUUUCAUUGCUGUUAAUAAUUAAAUUGUAUCAUUAUGUUUGAAUAGAUAAUAUCUUGUUUUUACUAGUA